UUCGAGUCGAAAAGCAAUCGUGUCAAAGGGAUUGCCUUUCAACCUAAACGACCUUGGAUUCUGGCUUCGCUCCAUAACGGCUGCAUACAAUUAUGGGAUUAUCGUAUGGGCACUCUUUUAGAACGGUUCGACGAACAUGAUGGUCCUGUUCGCGGUAUUGCUUUUCAUCCUACACAACCCUUAUUUGUGUCAGGUGGCGAUGAUUAUAAAAUCAAAGUAUGGAAUUAUAAGACCCGUAAAUGCUUAUUCACAUUAAAUGGACAUCUGGAUUAUGUUAGAACGGUAUUCUUUCAUCAUGAAUACCCGUGGAUUCUUAGUGCAUCCGAUGAUCAAACAAUCCGGAUCUGGAAUUGGCAGUCAAGGAAUUGCAUUGCUAUUUUAACAGGUCAUAAUCAUUAUGUUAUGUGUGCUCAAUUCCAUCCAAAGGAAGAUUUAGUAGUUUCUGCAUCACUGGAUCAAACUGUUAGAGUCUGGGAUAUUUCAGGGUUGAGAAAAAAAAAUGCUGCCCCUAGUUCAGUGACUUUUGAAGACAGUUUACACAGAUCAACUACCACUCAAGCUGAUAUCUUCGGAAGUACGGAUGCGAUAGUAAAAUAUGUAUUGGAAGGUCACGAUCGUGGUGUCAAUUGGGCUACCUUUCAUCCUUCCCUUCCAUUAAUUGUUUCGGCUGGAGAUGACCGUCAAAUAAAAUUGUGGCGAAUGAAUGAUAAUAAGGCUUGGGAAGUUGAUACAUGUCGAGGUCAUUUUAAUAAUGUAUCCGCUGCGCUGUUUCAUCCCAGACAAGAAUUAAUUAUAUCUGAUGCUGAAGAUAAGACCAUUCGUGUUUGGGAUAUGACAAAAAGGACACUUGUACAGACUUUUCGACGAGAGCAUGAUAGAUUUUGGGUUUUAACUGCUCAUCCUGAAUUAAAUCUGUUUGCAGCUGUGUUCAAGCUGGAAAGAGAACGUCCGGCAUAUUCAGUACAUCAAAAUAAUCUUUAUUAUGUUAAAGAAAAAUACUUGCGUGUUUUUGAUUUUUCUGAUGGUUCAGACGUAUCAGUUCUCUCGACACGCAAAAUUAGUGGACAGUAUGUUCAACCACGGGCUUUAUCAUAUAAUCCAGCGGAACGUGCUAUUAUAAUAACAACACCAACGGAUGGAGGAAGUUUUGAUUUAUUUAAUUUACCAAAAGAAUUUAAUGGUGAACCUCGAGAAGCAUCUGGAGACGGAAAACGUGGUGCUGGGAAUUCAGCAAUUUUCAUUGCAAGAAAUCGAUUUGCAGUACUGGACAAGACGCGUCAGCAAAUAGAAAUUAGAGAUCUUUCUAAUACUACUACCAAAUCCCUUAAACCCCCAGCUUCCGUAAAUGAAAUUUUUAAUGCGGGAAGUAGUAAUCUUUUACUUCUCAGCACACAGAAUUCAGUAAUAUUGUACGAUAUUCAGCAACGUCAAACUAUUGCCGAAAUAAAUACUCCACCCGUAAAAUAUGUUGUAUGGUCUUCUGAUCAUAAUCAAGUAGCUCUUUUAAGCAAACACACAAUAACGGUUGCAAAUAAGACAUUGGAACAAAGUUGUGUAAUUCAUGAAACAAUUCGAAUUAAGAGUGGUGCAUGGGAUGACGCGGGAAUCUUUGUUUAUUCCACGCUUAAUCAUAUUAAAUAUGCCCUUCCGCAAGGUGAUAAUGGAACUAUUCGUACGCUUGAUCAACCCGUUUAUCUUACUAAAGUAAAAGGAAAGAAUGUCCAUUGUCUAGAUAGGGAUGGUAAGACUCGCGUUAUUAGCAUAGAUCCUACUGAAUAUCGCUUUAAAUUAGCUCUCAUUAAGCGCAAUUAUGAUGAGGUCUUGCAAAUAAUCCGCACCUCAAAUUUGGUUGGACAAGCCAUUAUUGCAUAUUUGCAAAAAAAAGGAUACCCGGAGAUUGCACUCCAUUUUGUACGAGAUGAUAAAACUCGUUUUGACCUUGCACUUGAAUGUGGUAAUAUUGAAGUUGCAUUGGAAACUGCAAAAUCUAUGGAUCGUGAAGAUUGUUGGAAUAAGUUAGGUGCUGAAGCUUUACGUCAAGGCAAUCACCAGGUGGUUGAAAUGGCGUAUCAAAGAGUUAAGAAUUUUGAACGGCUAUCAUUUUUAUAUUUGGUUACGGGUAAUGUUGAAAAAAUGAAAAAAAUGUUGAAGAUUGCCGAAUUAAGGAAUGAUAAUAUGUCAAGAUUCCAUAAUUCACUUUUUUUGGGUGACGUCGAAGAACGUAUUCGGUUAUUAAAAGAAGUUGGUCAAUUGCCUCUCGCAUAUUUAACCGCCCAUACACAUGGUCUUACUGAAGAGGCCGAGACAAUUUUGACAGCAGCCGGAUUGACUUCUGAGGAUAUUAUAGAUUUACCAUCUAAUGGACAAUUGUUGAAACCACCUACACCAAUCAUUAAACAGGUUGAUUCUAAUUGGCCAUUGUUAACAGUAUCAAGAUCAUUCUUUGAUAGUGCAUUUAACGCUGCAGACAAUAAUCAAUUUGCAGCACCUCUUUCUCUCACCGGUGCUAGUGAAGGCAUAGAAGAAAUAGGUGGUGAUUGGGGAGGUGAUGAAGACCUUGGAUUUAAUGGGGAUUCUGGGAAAGAAGAGCAACGCGAUGUUGAUGUGGUUGAAGAAGGAUCUGGUUGGGAUAUUGAUGCAGAUCUUAAUGCUCAACUUGAUACAGAAAUUAUUCAAGAACUUGCUAAUGGAGCACAAAGUGAAUUUAUACCCCCAACUUCGGGUACAAAUGAGUCAGAGUUAUGGAUACAAAAUUCACCUUUAGCAGCUGAUCAUGUUGCAGCUGGAUCAUUUGAGACAGCUAUGCAGCUUCUCAAUAGACAAGUUGGUGCGGUGAAUUUCCAACCUCUUAAGGAAUUGUUUUUAAAAACAUUUCAGUCCACACGUACAUAUUUGUCCUGCAAUGUAUCACUUCCUCCUCUCGCCUAUCAUAUCCGAAGAAAUCCCGAAGAAACCGAAACUCGUAGAGUAUUGCCUAUUAUUUCCAAUAUGUUUCAAAAUAUCGUAUCUACACAACUACAGGAAGUAUACAAAACAACCACCCAAGGAAAAUUUCAAGAAGCCACAAUACAAUUUCGUAAUAUCCUACAUUCGAUUCUAUUGAUAGCUGUAUCCAAAAAGUCGGAAGUUGAUGAAGUGCACCAACUUAUCGAUGUGUGCCGCGAAUAUAUCCUUGGACUUACAAUGGAGCAAACACGCCGUAACUUUCCAUUGGACAAUCCAGAAAAUACAAAGCGAGCACUUGAAUUGGCUGCAUACUUUACUCAUUGUAGAUUACAACAAGCCCAUUUGAUAUUAAGUUUACGAUCUGCAAUGAAAUUGAGUUUCCAGGCCAAGAACUGUUUGACGGCUUCCUUGUUUGCUAGACGAUUAUUAGAAUUAGCACCAGCACCACAAGUUGCUACACAGGCACGUCAAAUCCAAUCUAUUUCUGACAAAACUCCAAGAGAUGAAAUUACUCUUGAUUAUGAUCAAUAUAACCCAUUUGUAGUAUGUGGUAGUUCUUAUACUCCUAUUUAUAAAGGAAGUCCUUCUGUUGAAUGUCCAUAUUGUCACACUUCUUAUUUACCUAAAUAUAAAAACAAACUUUGUACGGUUUGUGAAAUAUCACAGAUUGGUAUUAAUUCAACGGGACUUAAAGUUCUCGUAUAG